AUGGAGGAAAAGAAGUUUGAGGAGACGACCGUCCAAACCGGCUCCGAUGGUCCCCCCUCUUAUGGCCACUCAUCGUCCACCAAGGCGGGCCUUGGUCAGCGUAUUAUUGAUAGUUUCAGGCGCGAUCCCAACCACAGCGUAACAGGUCACACUCACAGCAAUGCCGGAGCCGAUGGUUCAGGAUUCGAUGCUGAGACUGCCGCACAAAAUACUGCCCAUUCUCCACUACAACGUCGGUUGAAAGGUCGUCAUUUGCAGAUGAUUGCCAUCGGUGGUUCAAUCGGUACUGGUCUUUUCGUCGGUUCUGGCAAGGUCCUGGCAGCCGGUGGUCCCGCCUCGGUUUUGAUCGCCUAUAUCCUGAUCGGAUGUAUGUUGUACUGUACCGUGCAUGCUCUGGGUGAAAUGGCCGUUCUAUUCCCCGUCGCCGGUUCCUUCGCCCACUACUCUACUCGUUUCGUGGAUCCCGCCUGGGGUUUUGCCAUGGGUUGGAACUAUGCGCUGCAAUGGUUGAUUGUCUUGCCCCUGGAGAUUGUGGCCGCCUCUAUCACCGUCGAUUACUGGAAUCCCGGAGUCUCGAAUGCGGCCUGGGUCACCAUCUUCUGGGUGAUGAUCGUCUCUAUCAACAUGUUCGGUGUCCGAGGAUACGGUGAAGCGGAGUUCGUCUUCUCCAUUAUCAAGGUUACUGCCGUCAUUGGUUUCAUUAUUCUAGGAAUCAUCAUCAACUGCGGUGGUGGCCCAGAGGGUGGAUACGUCGGUGCCGCUUACUGGUAUGACCCGGGAGCCUUCAACAAUGGAUUCAAGGGACUGUGCAGUGUCUUCGUGAACGCCGCCUUCGCCUUUGCCGGAACCGAGCUUGUCGGUCUCGCUGCCGCGGAAACCACGAACCCUCGCAAGUCUCUGCCUACCGCCGUCAAGCAGGUCUUCUGGCGUAUCGCUUUGUUCUACAUUGUUUCCUUGACCGUUGUCGGCAUGCUGGUGAAGUAUGACGAACCAAGACUGGUGAACGGAUCUUCUUCUGCCGAUGCCAAAGCCUCUCCAUUCGUCAUUGCCAUUGAGAAUGCCGGAAUCAAGGUCCUUCCUUCCAUCAUGAACGUCGUGAUCAUGAUUGCUGUCCUGUCUGUCGGCAACUCCUCCGUCUACGGCUCCUCGCGUACCCUGGCUGCUCUCGCUGAGCAGGGUCAGGCUCCCAAAUUCUUGGCUUACAUCGACCGCAAGGGUCGUCCUUUGCCUGCCAUCAUCAUCGCCUCUGCCCUGGGUCUCCUUUGCUACCUUGCCGCCUCUGACAAGCAGACCACUGCUUUCGAGUGGAUGAUGGCCAUCUCCGGUCUCUCCUCCAUCUUCACCUGGGGCUCCGUGUGCCUUGCCCACAUCUUGUUCCGCCGUGCCUGGAAAAUGCAGGGCCAUAGCCUGGAUGAGUUGGCUUUCCGGUCUCAGCCUGGUGUGUAUGGUUCCUGGGUCGGUUUCCUUUUCAACGUCCUUGUGUUGAUUGCCCAAUUCUGGGUUGGCUUUGCCCCCGUUGGAUACGCGGAAAUGACUGCCAGCGAGUUGGUUUACAACUUCUUCUCUGUUUACCUCGCUGCUCCGGUCGUCAUUGCCUGCUACAUUCCCUACAAGCUGUGGUACAAGACCAAGUUCGUCAGUUCUAUGGAAGUGGACCUUGUCACUGGUCGUCGGGAACUCGAUCUCCAACAUAUGAUUGAACAGGAGCGAGCUGAGCAGAAGGAUUGGCCCAAGUGGAAGAAGGUCUACAAGUUCUUCUGUUAA